UUGCCACUAAGUCACCACGAAAGUCCUUGUGAGGAAAGAUGAGAGGUGACAAAACGGGGUAAAGUUAGAGGAAACCAGUAGGAAAACUAAACAUGGAUACGGCUCCUGCAGUGGUGGUGACAAUGAUAGUCAAUGCCCCAAACUGGUAAUCAAAAGAUAAAACCACAUAAACUAAAUAUCGAAAAUCAUCCCAAAGGCUGCCUCUGGUUGGAGGAAGAGGUGGAGCCGAAGACUGCUGUUUUUCUCAAGUCCUUGAUUGCUGUUGAGUCAGCUGUUAGGCUUCAGGCAAAUGAUUUAAUACUCGAAUUUCAGGCUCUUGGUUUAUAAUACGGGAAGGUGAUAGUAUCUACACUUAAUAGGAUUAUUAUCAGGGUUAAGUAAUGAGUAACUUUGAAAUGUUUAGGAUCUUGGGAGGAAGAUUGCAAAACUGGAGGAGGAAGAAGCUACCCUGCCGGGCUUCUAGUCCAACCCUGCUCUGUUUCCUCUUUUGACCCGAGUCUCAGUGAUUCGACCAGUCCGGUUCUCCAGGGCCCGAGCCGGGCCUGCCCUCUAGGAGUUAAGCUCUGGUCUUCACUGGCCGAGUCCCGGUCUCAACAACUGCGGAUUGGCUCAGGGGCUGGACCUGUAGUCUGCAUGUCAAUAACCGCCGCUAUCCAAUCACAGGCGUGCAGGGGCGGGCCAACGGAAUCAGCUGGACCAACUGGAGCCGGCGCGGGAUCUGGGCGGCUGGACCACCGUUGGAACCAGAGCUUAGUCAAACCCCGACGACACGGAGGGGCUCCAAACCAAAGGCGGCGGGCUCGCCAGCCCAGAUCCCGCCUCGCUGCUGCAGCCCGCACCCCUCGCCCAUACCCCAGACGGCAACGCGGUAGUCCCGGGACGCGGAGACAUGCCCGAGCUGGUGGUGACGGCGCUACUGGCGCCCUCGCGCCUCACUCUGAAGCUGCUUCGUGCCUUUAUGUGGAGCCUCGUGUUCUCGGCGGCGCUGGUGGCUGCAGCUGUCUAUGGCUGCAUCGCGCUCACACACGUGAUGUGCCAGCCGCGACGCGGCUUUUUGGGGCGCCCCCGGCACACCCCACCGGUCUGCUUGAGCGACCCCACGCUGGGAGAGCACUGCUUCCUUAUUCUCAGGAGCUCGGGCCUGCGCCUGCACUGUGUCUCUGCUGGACGCGGCAAAGGGCCCCUCAUGCUGUUUCUGCAUGGCUUCCCUGAGAACUGGUUCUCCUGGCGCUACCAGCUCCGGGAGUUUCAGAGCCGCUUCCACGUGGUGGCUGUGGACCUGCGGGGAUACGGCCCCUCCGAUGCGCCAAAGGAUGUGGAUUGUUACACCAUAGACCUACUGAUGGCAGAUAUCCAGGAUGUCAUUCUGGGCCUGGGUUAUUCCAAGUGUAUCCUCGUGGCCCAUGACUGGGGUGCACUCCUAGCCUGGAAUUUCUCCAUCUACUACCCAUCCCUGGUGGACCGAAUGGUAGUGGUCAGUGCUGCCCCCAUGUCAGUGUACCAAGACUACUCUUUGCACCACAUCGGCCAGUUCUUCCGUUCCAACUACAUGUUCCUAUUCCAGCUUCCCUGGCUGCCCGAGAAGCUGCUAUCCAUGUCUGACUUCCAGAUCCUGAAGACCACCCUCACCCACCGCAAGAGGGGCAUUCCACAGUUGACUCCCAGUGAACUUGAAGCCUUCCUUUAUGACUUCUCACAGCCUGGUGGCCUCAUCGGGCCCCUCAACUACUAUCGAAACAUCUUCAGGACCUUCCCCCUGGAGCCCCAGGAGCUGGCCACACCCACACUGCUGCUAUGGGGGGAGAAGGACCCCUAUUUUGAGCAAGGGCUGGUAGAGGCCAUCAGCAGCCGUUUUGUGCCAGGCCGGCUCGAAGCCCACAUCCUGCCAGGCAUGGGGCACUGGAUCCCCCAGACCAACCCUGUGGAAAUGCACCAGUAUAUGUGGGCCUUCUUGCAAGACCUGCUGGACUGAUGGCCCUAGCUCACUGGCUUGCAUGCACCCAGGAGUUCUCACACUGGCUUGCAUGGUCCCAGGUUGUAUAUAUACGGAUGGACUCUUGAUGCACAUGGAUGGAACUCCUAGACUGCACACAAGUGCUUCUGUGGAUACCCUCAGGCACACCACCCUCAUAUGCUCACAUACAGGCAGGGAUGUAUGCAUGUGUGAGCAAGCACUUUGACCCCUGGGAACCAGGUAUGCCUCUCUGUGGAGCUAGAUACUGAGUGUCCUACUUCUCCUCUCCAUGAGGCCCCACCCAUCUUGCCAAAGUCAAAGCCCAGAGCUGCGUUGACCAUGAACUAUGACCUUUCUGUCCCUGGCUUCCACCGCCAGUCUGGAGUCCUCAGCUAAAUGCUGCUCUGUCCAAUACAGUAUUUGUAGCCACGUCUGGCUACUUCCAUUUAAAUGCAAGUUAAUUAAAAUUAAAUACGAUGAAAAAUUCAGUUCCUCACUCACACAGGCAGGUGGAGGUCCUCCUCUCCAUCCAGGCCCUGGGUAAACUCCCAUGAUCUCCCUUCCGGUCAUGACUCCUGGCCUUGUGAGGUCAAAUUCUCCCGCCCCAGCCUGGGAAAGAUCCCUGGGAUCUCUGUCUCAGAUCUAUGGGAAAACAGCUCUUGGCUCUGUUAGGAUAAGUAAGAUUGUGGACUCAGCACAGGAAGGGACCAGCUCCCUAAAUAGCCAUCUGGGGUGUCUGGCCUGCCUCCCCAGUUCCUGGACUCUUCUGCUCCAAAUUAACCAGAGUUUCAGCUGAUUCUUCCUGGGGACUCCUGGCUCCAGCCUCCAAGUGAAGAUCAUACACGUCGAAGGUGAACCAUCCAGCCCCAGGCCGGUCACAGCAUUAACUUUUAUCUCCCUAGGCCUUGUCCUGGCCUCUGGGAACACUGUCAGGACUUGCAGCAGUGUGAUGAAUCAGUCUGAGGGUCUCAGAAAUAUUAAUACCUUUCUCUUAUCUCCGGGGGUUUCUCUGGUGGCUCAGAUGGUAAAGAAUCUGCCUGCAAUGCAGGAGACCUGGAUUUGAUCCCUGGUUGGGGAUGAUCCCCUGGAGAAGGGCAUGGCAACCCACUCCAGUGUUUUUACCUGGAGAAUCCCCUGGACAGAGAGCCUAGUGGGUUACAGUCUAUGGGGUCUCAAAGAGUUGGACAUGACUGAGUGACUAACACUUUUUACUUUUUCACUUUUAUCUCCGGGAUGGGCCUGCCUAGCCAAAGCCUGCCCGCUGGUUACCCCGCUCUGUCCUCCUUUGUCCCCUGCAUAAAAAUCCUUUCACUCA